AUGGUUGACGAGAUUUGUCACAUUUGCAACGAUAAAGCAACCGGGAAACAUUACGGCGCAAUUUCGUGUGAUGGAUGUAAAGGUUUUUUUCGUCGAAGCAUCCGCAAGAAGCGCAGCUACGUGUGCCGCUUUGACCACAACUGCCCGGUGGAUAAAAAUCACCGAAACUCGUGUCGAGCGUGUCGAUUAAGGAAAUGUCUCAUUGCCGGCAUGAAAUCAAAUGCGAUCCAAAAUGAACGUGACACUAUCGGGAAACGAAAGAAACCCUUAGAGAGUUUGGAUGGAGGAGGCCCGGAGACAAGUUCGCUCAGAGAUCUCAGUGAGGAAAUGGUCAUCGAAUUGUUACUGCAAAGUGAGCGUCUUUGUCAACAACUGAGAAGCAGUGUCAUCAAGAGUACAGAACAGGUAUCCUACGACUCGGGAAAAACACGAUCCGCCUUCGCCGAGCGAUUUCGACCCGAGGAGAGGAGAGCCUCGAUUGACGAUAUCGGCAAAUCGAUCCGCCAACAAUUGUUAUUAUUGGUUGAAUGGGCGAAAAGUCUCCCGCAAUUCCAAUCGCUCACCCUAAUGGAUCAAGCCUGUCUCCUCAAAGCGAACGCCACACAGAUCAUCGUCCUCGGUGUCGCUUAUCGGAGUGUCAGUAUGGAGGAUACAAUCUGUCUGGCCAACGACGCGUUGAUCUCCCGGGAGCACGCAGCCCUUGUCGGGGAUAUUAACUGUGUUGUCCGACGGAUCCUCGACGAAUUGGUUGUCCCGAUUCGGCGUCUUUCCAUCGAGUUGCCCGACUAUGUCGCACUGAAAGCCAUCGUUUUUUUCAACCCUGUAUCCCACGAUGUGACUGACUACGAGAGAGUCGAUGGGGCAAGAUUGGAGUGCUUGGCGGCACUUGAGAAAAGAUGCGCACGAAUCGAGGAGAUAGCAAUGCGAGGCGGAUCGAGGUGUCGAUUGGGGAGACUUCUCCUCUUAUUGCCCCCAUUACAAGCGAUCGCUCAACAAUUGAUCGAGGACGUGCAACUGGCGGCAGUGUUCGGUGUGGCCAACGUUGACGCUUUGAUGCAAGAGUUGAUUCUUCAAGAUGCCUCGGCCAACAAUGUCAUCACAACUCUUGCCGCAACACCGACAAUUCCGAUCAAAGUUGAACCA